GCAAAUGCCGAAAUCUGCCGAAGUGCUUGCUUUAUGCAAUUGAGCUGUUUCUAUUAGUAUUGUUUUUCCGUUCGCUGCCUGCUGAUAACAGUUUCUAGCCAAAUUUGGGAAUUAAGUUGCAAUCCGAUUCACGAACCGUUGCCACGCAUUGCUGUGAGGAAGUCUAGUGCGUUACUACAAGCAAAUACUUACCGCUCCACAUUAACACCAUGGGUCGUAAGUUCUGCGUUGGAGGCAACUGGAAGAUGAAUGGCGACAAGGCCAGCGUCACCGAGUUGUGCAAAACGCUGUCUGCUGGACCGCUCGAUCCUAACACCGAAGUAGUGGUCGGAUGUCCCGCGCCCUACCUGUCGCUGGCCCGCUCGCUGCUGCCGGAAACGAUCGGUGUUGCGGCCCAGAACUGCUACAAGGUGGCCAAGGGUGCAUUCACCGGUGAAAUUUCCCCGGCCAUGUUGAAAGAUCUGGGACUUGGUUGGGUUAUUCUGGGACACUCGGAGCGACGUGCCAUCUUUGGUGAAACUGAUGAGCUGAUUGCGGAGAAGGUGGCUCAUGCCCUUGCCGAAGGGUUGAAGGUCAUCGCCUGUAUCGGCGAGACGCUGCAGGAACGCGAAGCCGGCCAAACCGAGGCGGUUUGCUUCCGGCAGACGAAAGCCAUUGCCGCCCAGGUAAAGGACUGGAGCAACGUGGUGGUCGCUUACGAGCCGGUGUGGGCCAUCGGUACCGGCAAGACGGCCACCCCAGAACAGGCACAGGAAGUGCACGCCGCUCUGCGCAAGUGGUUCACCGACAACGUUUCUGCCGACGUGUCGAAUGGUAUCCGCAUCCAGUACGGAGGUUCGGUAACGGCGGCCAACUGUCGUGAGCUCGCCGCUAAGCCCGACAUCGAUGGAUUCCUUGUGGGCGGUGCCUCGUUGAAGCCUGAGUUUAUCCAGAUCGUCAACGCUAGACAGUGAAGCAACUAGUCUCUCGAACCCGUUAGUAGUUUAGCGGGAAGAUGCACGCAAUUGCCAUCGGCCCGGUGUCGUCAUGUUUCGUCUUAUUUUAAGUUUCUCAUUAUGCUCGUUGUACACACGCACUGAACAGGUUGUUACGUUUAAGCAUCCAGACAAAGAAGAUUCUAUUCAAUAAAAACGUGUCUCAGUGAAAAUGCACCUGUAGUCGUGUGCGAA